AUGUCUAUAGCGGAUGAAGGAAGUAUCCAUACCGGACAAGAAAACACCACUGAAGAUGCAAUCCCGAUACCUGAGCCUUUGGUCCCUCAGAAGACUUACUUCUUCCGCUUACCCCAGCAUGUUCGCAAAGAAAUCUACCGCUAUUCCGUUGUUCCAGGAAAGAUCUUUGUUCGUCCCUUCGUCUCCUUUCAUUAUAUACACGACCAAAGAAGGCUCUACACACAUCAGGCCCCUAAUAUGGCGUUGUUUUUGGCCUGCAAGAAAGUGUAUAAAGAAGUCUCUUUAGUCUUCUACGCCGAGAAUACCUUUUCCAUCCUACAUCCAGACGUCCUUUUGGACAUAUCAAACGAAUACCCACGCGUGAGAGACCAUCUGAAGCAUAUGCACAGCAUUGAGGUCGUCUUCCACCACCGCGAUUUUCAGUACCUCAGUGGCCCGUUUUGCGAUGACCUGCUUGCUGGGAGUAUUGCGUUAAAACGGCAGGACAAGCAGAACUGUAAAGAGAUAGAUAAGCUGGCGAGAAAUUUCUUGAAACACCGGGCGCGUAUUCUUGGAGCCAGGAUAUAUACCGCUGGAGACAGCAAUGUUGGUCGAAAUACAGUGCCGAUACUCCCCCAUGCCCAGGAUAUCAAGAGUAUGCAAGACUAUCUAUUUGGUCGUACCUUGACGUUUCUUCGUCAGCGACUGCUCAUAUCCAAUCUUGAACUGAAGUUUAUGGAAUGCAAUUGCCCGGAAGGAUGCUGCCGUCUGGCAGGAGAAAUCUUAAACUGGGGGGCUCGGAAGACAUGGACCUUUGAUCUUCCACGGAGUAUAUCUGUGACGGGUGCCACAGAGGAGGAACGGAAGCAAAUUUUGGAGACGAUUGCCCGCCAGCGACCGAGCCCUGAGGUCGUGGACCUGCUGUUGAAGUAUCAAUAUCGGCGCAAGUCUUUUACGAACCGAUCUAUUCGGGGAAUAUUAAAGGCUAUUGAACUGACAAAAAUGUGA